GGCCCAGUUUUGUUCUCUUGUCUCUUACGUUGCUUACUUUUUCUAAACAAAUUUUCAACCACAUGUUUCAUAUAUAUAACUCGUAGAUCUUAUCACCUUUUUUUUUUCUUUUUCUUACGUAUUCUGACUGAUACUUUACGAUGGAUAGCCGGUGGAGUCUUCGAGGUAUGACAGCUCUUGUAACCGGUGGAACCAAGGGAAUUGGGUAUGCGAUAGUGGAGGAACUUGCUGGUUUUGGUGCAAGAGUUCACACGUGUGCUAGAGACCAAACUCUGCUUGAUGAAUGUUUAAGUGAAUGGAAAGAGAAAGGGUUUCAAGUCACUGGCUCAGUCUGUGAUGUAUCCUCUCGACCUCAGAGAGAUGAGUUGAUGAAGACGGUCUCUUCUCUAUUCAGUGGCAAACUCAACAUCCUUAUCAACAAUGUUGGUACCCUUGUGUCAAAGCCGACUACAGAGUUUACAGCACAAGAUUUCUCAGGUCAAAUAGCUACCAAUUUGGAUUCUGCUUAUCACUUCUCUCAACUGGCCCAUCCUUUACUUAAGGCAUCAGGAUUUGGUAGCAUUGUGUUCUUGUCUUCAGUAUGUGGGGUUGUCUCAUCUGGUUUUGUAUCUAUAUACAGCUUAACAAAAGGAUGCAUGAAUCAACUGGCAAGGAACUUGGCAUGUGAAUGGGCAAGUGAUGGCAUAAGGGCUAACUCUGUAGCUCCUUGGAUGACAAAAACUCCUCUUGUCCAAAAACGUCUUGAUGACGAGAAAUUCGCGGAGGCUAUCUUCUCAAGAACUCCAUUAGGUCGUGCGUGUGAGCCGCGUGAGGUUGCCUCGUUGGUUACCUUUCUUUGUCUCCCUGCAGCUUCUUAUAUAACAGGACAAACCAUUUGUAUUGAUGGAGGUUUCACUGUUAAUGGCUUCUCCUACAAGCCAGAGGUUUAAACCCUAAAAACACUUCCAGAACAACAUGUUGUAGUAAUGUAUUAUAAUUUAGUUAUAUAUGUUGUUGAAAACUAAAUAAUCUCAAGCUUAUGAAACAGAAAGUUGAGAAUGGACUUUUAAGAUUUUGUCUUUUUUUUUCUUUUUCUUUUGUGCAUCUUAAACUUUGUCUUGGAAAGCAAGGAACUGAUGCGUCAGCAGAUCUAUCAAUGUAAUAACAAAGGGAAUACUUGAAUGAAACAUUUCUAAAUGUAGCUA